CACCAAAUUCUCUAUAAAAUUCCUCAAACACUUGAACCUACUUUUCCUCUGUCCCCUCACCUUUUCAACAAACUAAACCAGCUUCUCAAACAAGCUCUUUCCAUUGAACUAUCCCAAACCAUACUUCCUUUUUUUUUUUCAUUAAAUUCUUUCUCAGUGCAAAAACUUUUCCAAUUCCUCUCUUUAUUCUUCUUCUAACUCUUUUUCACUACCCAAAAGUGAUAAAAAGAAGAAAAAGCCAUAAUUUUUAUUCCCUUCAUAGAAAAUUAAAACUUUUUUGGAGUUUAAAUAUGGGGUUACAUGAGAAAUCAUCAAAAGUGGAAGGAGUGUUGGAAAAUUCAGAGAAUAAUAGAAAAUGGGUCAUCAUCAAUUUAAGAACACAAUUGAAGCCAAUAAAUACAAUCCCUUUGGAGAAAAUUGAACAAGAAGAGGAAAUUAGUGAAAUGGAAGAAGAGUGUUCAACUACACCAAGAGGGGAAGGAACAAGGAUUCCAACAUCUUUGAUAUGUCCACCAGCUCCUAAGAAGAGAAAGUCUUCUUUGAAAUUCAAUUAUCUUCGUGGAGGAAAAGAGUUUUUCACUCCACCUGAGUUAGAAUCUGUUUUCAUACGCCAUGUUCAAAGAGCUAUAUAGCUAAUUCAUCAUAGCUACCUACAACAUUUGGUUCUGUUAUGUAACUUUUUUUUUUCUUCUUAAGUGUUUUAAUUUAUACCAUUGGACUACACUUUCGACCACUAAAUUGUUUCCUUUGGUAAUGUUAAUGUAGCUAGAGCUAAUUGAGUAGUUAAGAGAUUGUGUUAUUUUUGUAUAAAGUUUAGUAUAAAGGAAUAAAAGAGACUUCUUUACAUUGCA